AUGAGGUGAAAAAAAUUCAAAAAUGAACGUCUAAUAUUUUUAAAAAAAUUCCAGAAGUUUUUCUCUGGUUUUUUUAGUUGAUUUUGACGAAGGUUUAUGCAUGAUUCUAGUCUAUUCUGCCUAAAAAAAUCUCAUAUUAGACUUAAUUUUUUGCGUCUAACAUUUUUAAAAACUUAAAUUAUUUGGAUUCAGGUUGAUUUUUGUCGCUCCACAGUUAGAGUCUUCACUGUUCUCGGAAGAAAAUGGUAAAAAUUUUUUUCAAUUUUAAAAAAAUUGAUAUCAAAAAGUUCUUAGUCGACAAAAAGUUCAACGGAAGAAUUCGUGUUGGUCAACACAACUGCACCGAAGAAAAAAAGAAGAAGAAGGCAAGUUGAUUUUUUUCUUCAACGGUAUAAAGAUUUUGAUAAAAUCAAUCAAGUUUUAUGGAAUAAAGUUUUUUUACCUCGCGUGAAGUUACGUUUUGAAAGCAGCAAAAAAAAAUUUACCAUAAAAGAAUCUUUUUUUGGUUUUCUGCUUCAGAAAAGAGUACAGCAAAAAAGGUCUUGAAGCGCAGUUGUCCAAACUUUAAAUCCCGUUUAUUUUUACAGAAAACAGAAAAGUUCGCAUGGAAUGGGUACAGUAAAUCCGAAAUUUUUUUCAGUUAUUAAAUUGCUAAAAAAAUACUUCAAAUGUAGCAAUAAAAAGGCCGAUUUCAUUGCAACGAGUUUGAAUUUUCCUUUCAGUCGAAGAAAAAAUCAACUGAAGAAACUCGUUCGGUCGAAUCAUCUGAGCCGAUGAAGAACAGUAAGAAAAAGGCAAGUUUUGUAUCGAAAUAAAUACUUACUUCUCUAUUUUGAGGUAGCUAACAAGAAAAAACGGAAGAAGAAGAAGAAGAUAGCCUGUGAAGUGUUAAAUCAUUCCACAACUGGACCCAAUCCCAGAAUGGAUCAGUUUUUCAGAGCAGGUUAUUCAAAAACAUUUUUUUAAGAAAUUGAUUUUCUCUCUCUUUUGCUAAAAAAAUAUAAGUUUCGUUUUUCAGAAUAGAAGCUGGAAACAAUUCGAUGAGGAGCAGAUUGACAGAAUCAUCGACUUGGAGGUGGCGGCUAACCACGUCAAGGAGUGGAUCGAAAAACUUAUCGUUAAGGUCUUUUCUUCAGGGUAUAAAUAGAGAAUAAAGUUUUGAUAGGGUAGAAGAAAAUAGACACUGUGGCCUGAUUUGGUAGCUAUUCUCCUUAAGUUAACACUUGAUUUGAUAAAUUUCCGUGCUUGGGAAUCUCUCGAAUCGAUUUUCGACUCAAAAUGAAAUCACAAAGUUCGGAUUUAAUGCUUACUUUCGAUAGAUUCGCAUCAAAAGUUUAAAAUUUGUAUUGUUUCAGAGCAUCGUCUACAAUAAAGCGAAAGAAGAUGCAGCGGACGAAUUGAGCGAAAAUUUAUUCACCCAGGCAUCUUUGGUUUUGCGGAGUAAUUUGAUGGAAGCUCGAUCGGUUCAAAAGGAUCUGCAAAACUUUGUGAUUUUUUGCAAGAAAGAGUUCAUGCACUCGUUCUCCGUUCAGAGCUCCAUUUUUGUCGUGAGUUUCAUGGGAACAUACAGAAGAGAUCCAUAAAAAAUCAAUUUCAUCGAAAAACGGGUCUUGACACGAUUCAAAAAAAAAAAGAUAGUGAGACUGAUUGCUGAAAAACUGAAAGUUUGGGAAACUUAUAUUUCGCAGAAACCUUGAAGAAAAGCCGACUAAUUCCAAUUUUAAAAGUAUAGGCUCUGUCGAGUCACUUAUUUAGACUGCGAUUUCGAUUUUCCAUUCAAAUUUCAAAAUUAAGGAAAAAUAAUAAUCAACAAAACAAUUAAAAAUCAAAAAAUCGGUUAUAGGAAGGCCUGGCGAAGAUUCUGGAGAAACUCAGCCGCGUCGGCGACGCUUUGGCUUUCCUGGAAGCCGGCCUUGAGGUUGAGGAAAUACUUUUUCCCGUCAAAAAUUAUAAUUAUUCAAGGUUUUGGAAUAUGUCAGCUGUGAAUAUCUUCUCACGACUUUCGCCAAUGUUGAAGCUGAAAUCUGCAAGCUGAGCCUUCACGAUGGAGCGCACUUUGGAGAGUCUCACUUUGAAAGUGGCGAUGGUUGGGACCACUACCGGGAGGUUGGAAUCAAGAUGGAGUUGAAAUGAAGGUUUGGAUGAAGCUUAAAUCAUAGGGAAAAGGUGUUAUUUGAUCCAUUUUGAACAAAGUUAAAUGAAGAAAAUGAAUUAUUCCAUUUGAAGUACGUUUUCCUGAAUUCCGUCAGCUUUUUCGUAUGAAAAUAUGAAAAACUGGAACUUUUUUGAGUUUUCAAACAUGAAGUUAAAUCACUGAAAACUCCUGACGAUGAAAAUCUGCUUAUUUUUUUUCAACUCGAAAAUUCUCUUCUAAUUUUACAGUUAUUUGAAUUUUUUCAGUAUGAGUAAGCUGUAAAAAAAGAGAGGCUUUUGAAAAAAAUAAAUUUUUUUGUCUGAUUUUUCGGGGCUUGUGGCAUUUUUUUAUUCUCAGCUAAUUUUUGGUCUUUUUCAGAUGCGGCUUCUGACCCCUUCUACUCAUCGAAAAUUAACGAUACCUUUAAUUUUUUUGACUUUGCCUGAAACUCACCAUUAUUUCUUUUUUUAA